AGAAGGAGCUUCAGCUGUGUCCUACUGUGUUCACUGGGGAUCGAGUGAAAAGUAGCAGCCAGGUGGGGAUAAAAUGCCAGCAAAGGGUAAAUACUUCUUCAAUGAGAGCGACGACUGCAAGAUAACAGACCCGCUCUACGAGAAGUACCGCUACACCAGCCAGCAGCACCCACUGCUGCUGCUGCUGCUCUUCAUCGCAAUCGCCUUCUGGACUACGCUCAUCGUCAUCUUUUUUGUCACAGAUGAAACACGUAAUCAUCUUGCCUUCAUUAUUACAGUAUGUACUGCUCUUGUCGUAUUUGCAGUCAUAUACUUGCUUUUAUGUAUUGGAUCCUUAUUUCGGAGAUGGCUAACAUUAUUUGGAGUUACGAUUUGGAUUAGCUUCGUAACCAUAGGAUAUGUGUCUAUUUUUGAAAAAGAAAAUGAGUUUCCACCAUGGGAACAGGUGCCGUUCUUCCUAUUCCUAAUCUUCACAGUUUAUACCAUGCUCCCCUUUGGGAUGAGAGAUGCUGUCAUACUUAGCAGUCUUUCUGCCCUCUCCCACAUUAUUGUUCUGAGCAUUGUUGUACCAAAGAAUUCCCCGAAAGAAAAGGAAUCCGUUCUCUAUCAGUUACUUGCCAAUGCAGUCAUUUUUCUUUGUGGUAACUUGAUGGGUGCAUUUCACAAACGCCAAAUGCAGGUGGCUUCAUGGGACCUAUAUAGAUACACAUUAAAGUGCAUUCAGGUCCGAAUGAAACUGAAGAUCGAAAAGAGACAACAAGAAAAUUUGCUUUUGUCCAUCUUGCCAGCUCACAUAUCUAUGGAAAUGAAAUUAGCAAUCAUAGAGCGACUAAAGGAAACCAAUGAUAACAGGCAAAUGCAUGACAACAACUUCCACAGCCUGUAUGUAAAAAGGCACCAAAAUGUUAGCAUUCUCUAUGCAGAUAUUGUGGGCUUUACUCGCCUUGCCAGUGACUGCUCUCCUAAGGAGUUGGUAGUGAUGCUGAAUGAACUUUUUGGGAAGUUUGAUCAGAUUGCAAAGGAGAAUGAAUGCAUGAGAAUAAAAAUUUUGGGAGACUGUUACUACUGUGUGUCAGGCCUACCUGUGUCCUUACCGGUUCAUGCCAGAAACUGCGUUAAAAUGGGACUUGAUAUGUGUGAAGCGAUAAAGCAGGUGAGGGAAGCCACCGGCGUGGACAUCAACAUGAGGGUUGGCAUCCACUCUGGGAACGUGCUCUGCGGUGUCAUCGGCCUGCGCAAGUGGCAGUACGACGUGUGGUCCCAUGACGUGUCCUUGGCCAACCGCAUGGAGUCGGCCGGAGUGCCCGGUCGUGUGCACAUCACUGAAGCAACGUUAAAUCACCUAGGCAAAGCCUAUGAGGUAGAGGAAGGGAACGGGCACCUGAGGGAUCCUUACCUUGAAUCCAUGAACAUCAAAACCUACUUGGUGAUCGAUCCAAGGUCCAAACAGUGUGUGUCAAAUAAUCAUCUCCCCAAAACAAGAGUUAACGAUGGGCUGAAGAUGCGCGCGUCCGUGCGGAUGACGCGGUACCUGGAGUCCUGGGGAGCAGCCAGGCCCUUCGCCCACCUGAACCACCGGGAAAGCGUGAGCAGCGACUCCUCUGCCUCGCAGGGGCGGCGGAGGAAGGAAAUACCUUUGUGUUCCACUGGGCGCCAGAGGACUUCAGAUAGGAAUUCAUCUCAGAAGGGAAGGAUAGAGGAAGAUAUUUAUGAUGAAAUGAUGUCAACCAUUGAGGGACUCAGUUCAACCAACCCCUGGUGUGGCAAAUCCGAUGACUUCUGCGGAUUCUCCCUCAUUUUUGCAGAACCUGCACUUGAAAAAGAGUAUCGCACUAUUCCUAUUCUAAAGCUGAAGAGUUACUUCGUGUGUGCCAGUUUUGUGUUCCUCUGUAUAUUUUUGAUACAGAUCUUUAUAAUGCCAAAAACUGCAAAACUGGGGAUUUCCUUUGGCGUUGUCGCAGUCAUAAUUGCACUUAUUUUGUUAGUGUGUUUUGCUGAGAAAUGGAUGAAAUGCUGCUCAGAGCAGUGGCCUUUCUUGCAUCGUCUGUGUGCUCUCUCAGAGACGGUGGAAACGAUGCCUUUGCUUAGGCUUCCUUUAGCGUUCAUCACCAUCAGUGCCUUGCUCAUUAUAGCUGUUUUUAACUUGACUACUGAAGGAAGCAACCCAGCAAACGCUACUGCAUCAAACCUCCUGUAUGCCACCACCUCUCCUUUUGGGAAUACAGCUGAAUACUGCAUCGAGGAAACUUAUUACACUUACUGCUGCAUAUUAGCAUUCAUUGCUUGCUCCGUGUUCCUCCAAAUGAGCUUCGAACUCAAAGUUCUUCUGCUGUCCAUCGCUGUGACCAUUUACCUCAUCAUUUUUAAUACCCUUCAGCAUAUUCACAUGAGCGUCUCUGUGAAUGACACCAGGUUUUUCAUGAAAGACCCGGGAAUAAUGACUAAUUUAUAUCUGGUUCUGUUUUAUGUAACCCUAAUUCUACUUGCAAAACAGAUUGACUAUUAUUGCCGACUAGAUUGUCUUUGGAAGAAUAAGUUUAAAAAAGAACAUGAACAGUUUGAAACGAUGGAGAAUGUUAACAGGCUUUUGCUGGAGAAUGUUCUUCCAGCACAUGUUGCUGCCUAUUUCAUUGGGGAAAAACGAAAUGAGGACUGGUAUCAUCAGUCUUACGACUGUGUCUGUGUCAUGUUUGCAUCAGUACCAGAUUUUAAGGUGUUUUAUACUGAAUGUGAUGUCAAUAAAGAAGGCCUGGAAUGCUUGCGGCUGUUAAAUGAAAUCAUUGCUGAUUUUGAUGAGCUGCUGUUAAAACCUAAAUUUAGCGGUGUUGAAAAAAUCAAGACCAUUGGAAGCACCUACAUGGCAGCAGCCGGCCUCAGCGUCACCCCUGGCCAGGAGGGUAACCAGGAUAAGGAGAGGCAGCACGCUCACAUUGGGAUUAUGGUGGAAUAUGGAAUUGCCUUGAUGAGCAAACUGGAUGGCAUCAACCGACACUCCUUCAACAACUUCCGCCUGCGCAUCGGGAUAAAUCAUGGCCCAGUGAUUGCUGGUGUGAUUGGUGCCCGGAAACCUCAGUAUGAUAUCUGGGGCAACACAGUUAAUGUCGCCAGCAGAAUGGAGACUACGGGAGAGCUUGGCAAAAUCCAGGUCACAGAAGAAACAAGUAAAAUACUACAGGAAUUGGGAUAUUCAUGUGAAUGUAGGGGACUCAUUAAUGUCAAAGGCAAAGGAGAACUAAGGACUUACUUUGUGUGCACCGAGACAGCCAAAUUCCAAGGUAUUGGACUGAACUGACCAAUAUGACUGAGUUCAUCAAAGUAGACUUAGAACUGUCUUGCUUCUGUGAAGACUUAGAAUUUCCCUCCUUAUGUGAAGGAGAUUAUUCUAAAAACAUAGACACGCUAU